AUGAACGAUAUUCUCGAUCGGCUACUGUCUGCUCAUGUGAAGGCGUUGGCAUCGCAUCCAGACCGCCCGUUUGUUUGCGCGACAUGGGCGCAAUCUGCAAAUGGAAUGAUAGCGGCUGCGCCAGGGGUCCGCACUUUAAUCUCUGGGGAGGAGUCUAUGCAAAUGACGCACAUGCUGCGAGCAGCACACGAUGCUAUUCUCGUGGGAGUUGGAACUGCACUAGCAGAUGAUCCACGCCUCAGCUGUCGCUUGAAACAAUGCGAUAUCGCAACUGUCGACGAAGCUCUUGUGCGACAUGGGAUCGAUGCACCUCGAAAGACGGAUCGGAGCCCGGUGCCUGUUAUUCUGGACCCAAAGCUAAGAACUCCGGCGAAAUCAAAGUUCAUAGAAGAUGUGCAUCGCAGAAACGUAGCUUGCCGACCAGUCGUUUUCUUUGCGGAGCGCGGCGUAGAUCAGAUUGAUGAUACAAGCCAGAAAGCACUGGCAGAGCUGGUGCAGUUGGAGAGUGCUCCAGUUGAGGCUCGCAAAGCCGAGCACGCUCAGCACUCUUCAACGUUGCUGUCCCUUCCAUCGGUGCUGCAGACACUUCACAAGCAGCACGUAUCCUCUGUCAUGGUAGAAGGAGGCGCUGCUGUUCUGUCCUCAUUUCUAAAGUCAGGGCUUUGUGAUUUGGUCGUAGUUACGAUCUCUCCAAAGUUGUUUGGAAGUGGUCUUACCCUGGCAGAUAGGUCUGACUAUGGUUCAUUCCCCACCAUGGACCUCUCUGAUCCAAAAUGGAUACUGUGUGGUGAAGAUAUUGUUCUUGUUGGCGCACCUCAAUGA